CUAUUGACUGUUUAAAAAUACAGUAGCCUUAGAUGGUAUGUGCUGUCCUCACUGUAAAACAGAGGGCGGAGUAUGUUCUGGGGGCCAGAGGCACUGCACAGGCAGUGCAGGGACACCUGACCUCUCACACCUGAUUCCACAGGGGGGGAAAAGCGGUGAGGAUGAGGAUGAGGAUGAAGAAGACAGCGACAGUGAUGAUGAUGAUGAUGUUAAGGUCACGAUCGGCAACAUUAAGACUGGAGCCCCUUCAUACAUGGCCCCACCAAUGAACCUGAGCCUGAAACCCAGCAGAGGUUAUGCAGCCCCUGCAGCCAAGCUGGUGUCCAAAGGCGUGGAUGUGGAGGCCAUGGGAGCCCUGAACGGGCUGCCCGUGCUGGAGGGGGAGGUGGACAUCUUCGAGGACAAGCCCUGGAGGAAGCCUGGUGCCGAUCUGUCUGAUUACUUCAACUACGGCUUCAAUGAGGAAACAUGGAAAGCGUACUGUGAGAAACAGCGUCGGCUUCAGCUGGGCCUGGAGCCCACGGCUCCCCUCAGCUCAGAGAAUAAGAUCACAGUCCAGCAGGGAAGGGUGGGCAUUUUGGAGAAAGAAAUGGAGCCAUCUGUCAGCAAGCAGGACUUCAAGAUGGACUUCCCCCCUCCUCCUAUGUCACUUCCUGCCAGCAGCAGACUGAAGGCGGGCCCGCCUCCAAACAGGAAGUUGGGCGGGACGAUUGAUGUGAUUGGUGGACAGACAGGUGCCAUUCGGCGGGUGGAGGGGCGCAGGAGGGAAAUGCAGGAACAGAACCCCAUUCAGGUCCUGGGAGAUCACGCCAGCAAGACGCAGCCAUUUGUCCCGCCGGCAGGGCCGCCACCGCCCCCUAUCGGGGCACCCCCCCCUCACUUCAUGCACCCCCCACCACCAGUGUCCCGAAUGCCCCCGCCUCUGCACCCCCCAGGUAUUCCUCCCCCGGCUAUUCCAGGGUUAUUCCCUCCACCCAUGGCUCCUCCUCCCAGUCUGUUAAUGCCCCCAUUGGAUGGCAGGUGUCCCCCCGCAGGGUACAGCAGCAGACCCCCUCCGCCUUUCGGGUACAGCUCUGCAGACCCGAACUUCAUCAGCUACCCGCCUGUGUCAUCCACACACCCUCCGUGGGUGACCUCUCUGGAGAAGGGGGGUGCGGGCGGGGCCGGGGCCCACUGGGAGUAUGGGGCCUCUCAACGGGACAGAGACCUGGAGAGAGAGAGAGAGCGCGAGAGGGAUCGAACGCCCACCACCAGCGAGUACAGCAACGAUGACGAGCGGUACCAUUACUACAGCCACGAGCGGGAGUUUCACCACGGGCGGGACCGGAGCCGAGAGCGCAGCCGGGAGCGCAGCCGGGAGAAAGACGAGAGACACCGAGACCGGCGGCACCGAGACAAAGACGAGAGCUCCAAACACAAGUCCUCCAAGCGCAGGCAGCAUGACGCGGAGGAGGGAGAG